GCCUUCACAGGCACUUUUUCACGUCAUAUUCUAAAUUAAAUGAUAUUUAAAUGUUAAGAAAGUUGCAUUGCAAGUACAGCGCUCGCCACUGCAAGUGACAGAUUGCAAGCCAGAUUGCAAAGUGUGUAGAUGAAUAAAAGUUAUUACAAUGAAUAAAUAAUGACAGGGUAUUUUGUACAACAACAAUGAACACUUAAGUCUUGUUCGACAAAUCACACAUACAGUAGUAAACUGUAGUCUUUGUGUGGAUAUUUCCAAGAAACAAAGCUGAUAUUUGAAACGUUUAACGUUAUCUUAGUAUGUACGGUUGAGUUGACAUAGAUACUCGUAGGUAUAAUAUUAUAUUUAGCUUAUUGCGUGUUGAUAAAAUUUUAACGAAGUUAAAAAUGUUAUUAGUCAUUUGAAAUGUGUAAACGUGAUUAUUAGUUGGUUUAGUAGGUUUUUAUGGGUUUUGCAGGCCUGUCUUCAUUUUCCUAUAGUUUUGUGAUAGAAACAGUUCGGUUUGUUUAUUAAGUAAUAUAUAAGUAUAAUUAUGAAGAUCACUUGCACAAUUUGUACGGAAUUGAUACGGACAAAUGAAGAUUUUAAAGUCACAAAAUGUGGACACCUGUUUCAUAAUAGCUGCCUCUCAGACUGGCUUUUAAGGUCUCAAUCGUGUCCCCAAUGUCGUUGCACGGUGACAAGCAAUGCGACAAUCCAAGUGUAUCCAACGCUGUCAGACGAAGCCACUGACAUUGAAUCAAUUCAGUCAAACCUGGACGAGGCGCUACACAAAGUGCAAGAACUCCACGUCGCACGUGAAGAGAAGGAAAAUCUCUUGCGCGCUGCCACUGAGGAUUUGACAAAGAAUGAAGAUAUACUGAAGCAAUAUUCGUUACAACUUGACAGCUUAAACUGCAUAGUGGAGAUACUCAAAGAACAACUGGAUACUAUGGAAAUGCACAAAGAAAGGCUGGAGAUAGAAAAUAACGAAGCAAAUAAAGAAAUGAGACGCUUAAAGGAAGAUGCGAAACAGUAUCAAGAAAAAAUACGAAGUUUGAAAGAAGAGAAUCAAACUUCGCAAGAAUUGACAAAUUCAUUGGAGCAACAAACGGAUGAUUUGAAGAAAGAAGUCCAAACUUUGAAUGAAAAGACACUGAUUUUAGAAGAACAGAGGCAAGAUUUGACGAAUGAGAUACAAUGCUUGAAAGAUGAAAUGCAACCUCCGAAACAGUUUGCGCAUUUGGAAGUAGGGAUACGCCGCUUGGAGGAAGAGUUGCUACGCUUGGAGCCACAAACCAAUAAACUGCAGGAAGAGAAAAAAAUAUUGCAGGAAGAGAACAAGUUAUAUCAAGCAGAGAUCGAACGUUUGAAGAAUGGAAUUUUAAGCUUAGUGGAAGGAAGUCUAGUUUUGGGAGACGCACGGAGACCAAAACAAGAGACACAAAAAGAAACGAAAUUAUCAACAGUGAAACAAAGCUCAGAUAUCAAACAAUGCUUAGAAUUAGUUGGAAAGAGCGAAAUCAAAGAAGCGGACGAUGAAACACAACGCUUGGAUGUUGCAACAAAUGGCAAGGGAAAUUGUUUAGAAAAGCAAGAGACAGAAGUAAAUAGCGUAUCAGAAAAAGCAUCGGAAAGUAUGUUUGAUGAGGCCCAACACUUGAAAGUUGAGAUUCAAAUUUCAGAAGAACAGGUUAUUCGUUUGGAUGAAGAGAUACAUUUGAAUGAAAACACACAGCAGAAAGUGGAGAUUCAAUUUCCCGAAGAAGAUCCAGUAGAGCCAAAGGAGAUGCUCUUAGAGGAAAAAGUAGAAAGUUUGACGGAAGAAGUGAAACAAGAUGAGAAGCCAUCUUUGGAAGAAACAUUGAGUUCGAAUGAUUUGACAGCUUUAAAUGGAGAAAAUAAAUGUUUGAAGAAUGAAAUGCAGGACUCGAAUGAAGAUUUCCAUCUUGUUGGGGAAGGGGCAGCCGUGAAGAAGAAUAGUGAGGCGCAGCAAGAGGACAAAGAGCUUUCGAAAGAUCUACAAUAAUCACUCUGAAAACAAUACCACUCAAUUUGUAAGACUUCAAAAGGGGACCAUGACAUGUAACAAUGUCCAACAAACAAUGUCGAAUUAAAAAUAUAUUUUACACUUUUUUAUAUUUGCUUAUCCUUAAUGUACGUGACUUAAUUAAUGGUGUAUUGAUUAAACUGUACAUUCUUGUAGAAAUCUUGACAACAUAAAAAUGAAAUAAUAAAAAAAUAUAUGUCUUUAUACAAUU